UUUCUCCUUCGCGUCGUCGCGCCAGCUGAAUCGCAUCAAUGGGGUGAAGAGAGACGCGCGCGUGCGCUUGGGGCCGCGGGUCAAAGUUUUUUUCAUAAGCGUCGUCGUCGCCAAAGUGGCGCGCGGGGCAGUGUUAUUCGCCGCAUGCUGUCUCCUACGCGCCAACUAGCCAUACCGCGACCACCAUGACGCACUGGCAAGCGCCACCCGUUCUUUACACGAGCGUCGAAGCGUCCGUAGCCUUCCUGGCGACCGUCGGGAACCUGGCGGUUCUCGUCUGCUUCGCGCGAGAGCGUCGUCUGCGGCGCCGGCUGACCAACUACUACAUCCUAAGCCUGGCAAUAGCGGACCUACUGGUAGGCGUCAUGGCCAUACCGUUCGCGGUGCUGACGCGAGCCGGGAUACCGCACGACUCUCCGCUGGCCUGCGUCGCGAUGCUGUCCUUCAUCGUGGUCCUCUGCACGGUGUCGAUCCUGCACCUGGUGGCCGUGUCGGUGGACCGUUACUGGGCCAUACUAUACCCUCUGGCCUAUCAGAGACUGGCGUCGGAGGGCGUCGUUCUGAGCGUCGUGAUCGCCUGCUGGCUCAGCGGGUUCGUGCUGGGUUUCCUGCCCCUGCUCGGAUGGCACGACUCCGAGGCCGCUUCGAGCGGCGACUGCCUCUUCUUGCCCGUGAUGAAGUACAGCUUCCUUGUGUUUCUCUACUUCGCCACCAUCGUGUACCCGGCGCUGCUCAUCGCUUUCUUCUACAUCCGCAUCUACAGCGUCGUCCGCAAGCAGCUUCGGCAGAUCACAGUCUUCGCGGACAACGUACGAACCGAGCACGACGGCACCCCAUCGCGAGGCGCCGGGAACAACAGCCGCUCCGACGAAGCCCUCUGCACAGUACCACUCAAGGAAACGCCAGACCUGAGCGAAAUAGACCGGUGUCGGCGACUCAGCGCCGACUUCCACAAGCGGAACCCCAGGCCUUCGCCGACCAGCCCAAAGUCCAACGGCAUCGUUUACACCGAAGAAAACGACCACGAAUCAAUUGUCAACCUCAACGGAACGCACCACAAGAUGAAGAUGGAGGCGAAGAGGAACGACGACCCAGCGCCCGAUGUAGGUGACAAUGGAGUAGCGCUGAGGAACGGGCACGUCGAGGAGUUCGGUCACUACAAGAGGAACCGACGGAAAAGUAGCGACAGCCACCACCAGGGUCGCCGCAUGCACCGAUGCAACAGUGACUGUUCCCACUGCUUUCCGCUGCACCUGCAUCACCACCACAGUCAGCAGCACAAGCGCGAGGUUCGCACCGCCAAGGCCCUGCUGUCCAUCGUGCUCUUCUUCAUGAUCUGCUGGUUCCCGCUGUACACGCUCAACUGCAUCAAGGCGUUCUGCGUCGGAUGCGAGGCGCCGCAUUGGGUCUUCGACGUGCUCAUCGUUCUGUCGCACGCAAACUCGGCGCUCAACCCGUUCCUGUACGCUUAUCGCAUGAGUGACUUCCGCAACGCCUUCAAGCGUCUCCUGAGGUGCAAGUCGCCGGCACCCCUGUUUGAGGUCUUGCUGUUCUACCGCAACGCCGCCGGGACGCCACCCGUGCAUAGGGACUCCGGAGGAGGACCCGGCCAGCGGCCCGCCGUCGAAGAAGCUUCGACGCCAGUCCUGUAAAUGCACGAAGGCUCCUUAAGCGUAGUUCUUCGAAGAAAGGUGCUUGUAAACCGAAUUUUCACGCCUUCUUGCAUUCAUAAGAGACGUUGGUUGGCUGGACACGUGCUCACGCACCCCAGAUACAACACCAAAUACGUCCCGGCUAAGCUGUGGCCGGCCUCGAUCGCCAGGAUAUCCGUGACCACCAUCGCCAAUUCUGGAACGUUGCUCCCAAUGGAUCACUUUCGCGGAUGUCACUUUCAAAUACAGGUUGAACGGCUUAAUCAGCUCAGCAGAAGCGUAUGUGACGAAAGGAAACGGCACACCUGGCAUCAGGGUUGUUUGCCCCUCUCGCACAUUUCUGCGCAUUCAAGAAACAGCCACAAGAGCGAUGGUCCUUGCUCGAAGUGUUCACGAAAAGUGGGGAAAGUAAGAUCGGCCGAUUGAGAAUGCGGCGUCCCUGCAUUUACAACGUGCCUGAAGGCCGGCAAGGUAACUCGGGUAGCCAGGGUAGCAGUCCUGAUUGCGUGCCUGCUUUCUGCGUCAACCGUCGAGAGUGGUGAACAAGAAGCCGGUCUUUGCGCCGCAGAAGAUCAACAGAGAUCGCCGAGACUCAGCAGUUGCACGGGUUCCAGAAACGGCCAGUCAGCGCUCCUGUAGCGCACUCGCUGCGCUAGUUUUGGGAACGCUGCGGAGGAACGCCGUGGAGUGCAGAGGUCAGCUGUGACUGAGUGUCAAAGGAAACGACUGUUCCUCUUCUGCUUGAGAAAUUGUCUGCGACUGACUGUACCAUGUGGGAACGAUUACCAAGGAGAAUCUAUGUGCCAUUCUUUGUGUUAUGCUAUAUGCGUGUGUUUGUGUGCACCCCCUGUCGAGUGACUCUACUUAAACCAAAAACUGAACUUUCACCAGUGCGCUCUAAUUGUAAGCCAGAACAAGGGAGAGAUUCAGUGUAAGUUGGAGGCUUACAGUGAUUAACAGUGGUAGAACGAGGAAUCGUCGUUGAAACCAUCAUUUCGACAACGGGUCCUGUCUUGAAGACACCUCCCUUGUACGUUCUCUGUUCUACCACUCCUAAUCAUUCUAAAAUCAAAUGCGACAUGUGCCGCAAAUCCUUGCCAAACGUUGUGAAGCCAUUGAGUGCGCUACCGCCCUGUCAUCAAACAACGUAGUGGGGUCCUCGUAGAAACUUCGUCGCUUCAAAGUCCCCAUAGAUUGUACGGUACAAUGCUUCCCAACGGCAUUCCUAAAGUUCGGAGCACCUUGCGUGUCACAGGAACUCUUCAACUGGGCCUUGUGACAAAGCUCGCCCUUCAUCACAGUGGCUUCAUCAAAGCUUCUCCCCAAGACAUGUACUUACAUACGUGUCAAAUACUUUCAGUGCUCGUGUUUGCCUACAGGGAUCUAGAAAAACUCCCUUUUCUCAUUCUCUGUGCUUGCACAUUUGUAGUCUUUUAUCAGCUAAUUCCGUUGCGCUAUGAUAGCAUCUUUUCUCGCUAGCGAGCAGAUAAACCUUCAAUGACUGUUUACGUGGACAAGAACCCCAGGUGAGAGGGCAUUGUGGCACUGAUGAAAGACGUUUCGGGUUGCCUUUAAGAGAGUGGUGAAAUCGAAAUAUUGUGGAAUGAGAGUUGAAGAAUUGUAGGCGCACAGAUGAAGACAUUUAUGUUAUGCUGCAGCACUCAACUAAGUUUCUGAAGCAGUAAAAGGUCAAGCUUAUCGUGAGAGCAAGGGUUGGUAAGACAGGAAAGGCCUAAGAAUGGAAAACGAGGGGCGACUACACCUUGAUAUUUCAGCUCCAGCUCGCGUUGACGCAAUUGAUUCUCAGAGCGUCUGCUCGAGCGUAGUAAUUGUUUACCAGUAAUGAAGAAUGGCAUUGUAUUUUAGAGAAACCAAAGAGCCAACCUAGGAAAUUUCUGAAAUUGUUUCCUGCUUCAGAAAUGCCUAAACGCGACAAAGUACUUCGAAAUACGUGGCGUCACACUGGCGUACACUUGCCGAGAUUUCCGCGUAGAAAGGCGAGCUUCGUCUUCAUUAUGUCCAGUAAUAAUAAACUUUUCACCAAAAACAAGAGAAAGCGAACCCUUGGAAUAAUACUUUACUUCUAUAAACAAAAUUAAUAUUGCUUUUUAGUGUCCCUUCAACUUAAACGCUUCUAGGAGUACUAUGUUGCCUUUUCCGCAAUUCACGAUUACGAACAUUGUUAAAGGGAUAGGUACUGGGCUGUUGCUGAAGUAUUACUGGCUUCACGUUUUGCAUGUCAUAGGAGAGAUAGCAUGAAGUCAAGAACAAUACAAAAGACGCGGGUUGAUCAGUUAUUUUAGCCAUGUACAUGGGGUAACAUCGGGGCCAUACGCGCUUCACCAAAGCUAGUUUGGGGCUUCUCCAAAGUGUUCGCUGCGCGCGCAUGCACAUCGACGUGAAGAAAACUGCGGACUGAGCAACGUCACUCGACUUGCAUUGUUUGAUCUAGCGCAUUGUUUGCGGUGACGACACAGGCCACCAGCGUAUGUAACGUUUCUUGAUGGCGUCAGUUAAGACAAAGCUUCAUCUCAAGACCUGUUAUAUACAUGCGUGGGGAAAAAGGAAGCUGUUUCGGUUUCCAUUCUCAAAUUAUUUUGAUGAGGUUCAUUUUAUUUCAAAGAGGAAGGUCCCUACCGUUUGCAGUACAAAUAUUUUAGACCUCAGCGAAAAAUACUUGAAACUUUAAAAAUGUUAAAAAAGAAACGGGUUGGGGAGAGAAGCACCGAGUUGGCAUCGGUGUAACACUGUAAUAAAAAACAAUAUUUAAAUUUUAGUAGCUGUGAAAAUGAAAACGUCCACAGUAAUCAAAAUUGAUGUAUUACCCCCGUAAUAUAUAACACCUAUAUGGGAACAAGAGAUUCCCAAAGCUCACGUAAGAAUUUCACGCCUACUCCAAAAUAUUUUAUCAUAGUAUUUCGCUUUAGGCGCUCUAAAUGGUUCAGUUUACAAAAUUGCAGUAAUUGUUUAGAUGAGGUUUUCUAUCUGACUUUGCACGGGUUUAGCAUAUCUGGCAUCUGUGUAUCUUGUAGCCACUUCCAGAAAAAAUGGCCUAUUCGAUCUUCCGGAGUGCUGUAGCGAGUCAAAAUAUGUAUCUGAACGUAGCUUUUAACCAAACAAAAAGCGACAAUUUGUCGCAGAGUAGCUAAAGUUAACGUUAUGGGCCUAAUCAGUGCCAAUGUAGCUAAAAGUUAACCCCAAUGCACAAUACCCCUGUAAAGGGUGCACCGCCGUAGAUAGGGUGAUGUUGAGGCAAAGCCGCCAUGCGACACAUUUUGGGGAGAAGCAGUGAGUUCACUUGGACUAAGCAGGGCGCGCGCAAGGCAGUGGUAGUUAGCCGAAAAGAAGGUAAAAAGUAAUGUUGUGCCGUAAUUAUCCCCAAUAUAAGCGAACAUUAACCACAUUACGUCGUAAACUUCACUUUCUCCGGGAUCGGCCCACGUGUCCCCAAGAGCGAAAACUGGAAACGCUCGAUCAAGUGUCGGCGCUAAACAAGAGAAGGUCGACGUAACUGCGUGUGACAUUCGAUGCGAAUAAGAUUCAAUAUGAAUGAAUAUUUAACAUGAAAAAGAGACACAAUUAGGUGCGAUAUAUAUGGAACGUCUAAUCAUCGAAUGAUUUGAACCCUUAUGUAGGUCGACCACGUCUUCUUCAGCGUCGAUACUUGGUUAACCUUCUUCGUUCAUUUGCUAGAACAUCUAUUAUGUAUUCAAAAAAGGCGUAUCAGAGAUGGUCUCGAGCUGAAGCUUUUUCUUAAAAUGUUUGUUAUCAGCGUUAUCUAUAGAUACCUCAUUCCGCGCUAGCGCGAACGUUUAGAAACAGCACAGUGGCAGGAAAUGGGCAGAAGAUAGAAAUAUCAAAACAUCAGAAGAGUAUUCUCUUAUCAGCUGAAUAAAAGAAAACGAAGCUUUUAACCGCCCUCUGUUGAUUUCCACGACGCUGUCAGCUGAUAAGUACUAUGCAGUUAUGGUACGUGGCAAAAUUUAAAUUGAGCGCCUACAAAGCUCAGAUAAACAUUCGCUCGCAGAUCUUCACAGUCCGUAAUAUCUCCUUUUACUUGGUGCUCGCUGGUUCUGAUGCGUCCUUGUUGACUUUGCAGCCUUUUUGCAAAACGCUGCGUUCCCAUCGGCUACUUACUAAACGAGAGGUAUAUUAGCCAUGCUACACUAUAGCAAUGGCGUCCACUACACUCCAAUGCUUGUGCGCAGGCACCUCAAGAUGGCGCCACUGCCUCAUAUUACCUGUUAGGUUCAUUCGCCAUGCCAUCAGAACAGUGGCAUAUUUAAUUUAAAAAACGGCGCCAUAACCUGUUAAACGCCGGCUGCUCAAACUCGAUCUCCCAUCAUUUUCGGUGACGCACAGUGUAUCCAACAAUAUACGGGUAUCAUAUCGUUAACGUAUUUUUCGUGAACCAUUGUAACUUAAAUGUGAUACGUCGUCGCUGUUACCUCUUGUUGUCACGAAUUGUUAUUUGUGCUGCUUCGUUAUUCGAGAAGUCGCAAAGUCACGCAAAAGAAAACGUUAUUGCAAGUUUUUCCCCGCUUCGUCUUUUGUGGCACCACUGCGACCGCAUCUCACUCGUGUGUUUCUAUUAAAGCAUGCAUCAUGUUCUCCGACUCUCGAUUUUUUGCUCGUGCAGAAGAUGGAGGCUGACAUCAAGGUUCGUAUUCUUUUCAGUUUUAAGAUCCAAAUGCUUCUUCUCCCCAUGAUGCGCGGUUUCAGAAGCGGAUUAGCAAUCCGGUGAACGCCACUGUGGAUCUAGUGACAAUACGAGUGAACGGCGUAUCCAUAAGAAAGUCACUACAUUCAAACUCACGUCGUACCACAUGGCGGAAGAAAGAAGAGAUCAGUACACUUCAGCGAUACCUUCUGCUACGAAAUCAUUCACUGCGACAGUAGCAC